GUGCAAUAUGGGGGCGUGGUUUGGGCGCCGCUUCCGGGUCACGUGGUGGAACGCUGUGCAUGUGGGACAGAGGGCAGCAGUGCAGAAAGAUCAUAAGUCGCUGGGCACUUGGAGGGUUUGAAAACAUGCAGGUGGACUCCAUCCUACACAGUGGGUAUUUCCACCCUGUGCUCCGGGCCUGGCAGAGCACGGCUACCAGCCUUGAUGCCAACAACCUCAUGUACCCCAUCUUUAUCACGGACAACCCAGAUGCCAUUGAGGACAUUCCCAGCCUGCCGGGCCAAGCCAGGUAUGGGGUCAACCAAUUGGAAGGCCUGCUGCGCCCUCUGGUGGACAAUGGCCUAAAGUGUGUGCUGAUCUUUGGGGUCCCAAGCAGAGUCACUAAGGACGACCGUGGCUCCGCAGCAGAUGCAGACGACACACCGGCCAUAUUGGCCAUACGGAGGAUUUGGGAAAAGUUCCCCCAGCUGCUCGUUGCCUGUGACGUUUGUCUUUGUCCCUAUACAUCCCAUGGGCACUGUGGGAUUCUACGGGAAGAUGGCAGCAUACAGAAUGAGAGCAGUUGCCAGAGAUUAGCAGAAGUGGCCCUUGCUUAUGCCCGGGCAGGCUGUCACAUCGUGGCACCUUCAGACAUGAUGGAUGGACGAAUUGGAGCGAUAAAGCAGGCGCUGAUCUCCAACAACCUGGGGAACAAGGUGUCCGUCAUGAGUUACAGUGCCAAGUUUGCCUCCUGUUUCUAUGGGCCAUUUAGGGAUGCCGCACAGUCCAAACCUGCCUUUGGCGAUCGGAAAUGCUACCAGCUUCCACCUGGUGCCAGGGGCCUGGCCAUUCGGGCAGUGGACCGGGAUGUGCGUGAAGGGGCAGACAUGCUAAUGGUAAAGCCGGGAAUGCCAUAUCUGGAUCUGGUCAGAGACGUCAAGAAUAAGCACCCUGCUCUCCCACUGGCUGUGUACCACGUGUCUGGGGAAUAUGCCAUGCUGUGGCAUGGAGCACAGGCUAAUGCUUUUGACCUCAAGGUGGCUGUACUGGAAGCAAUGACCGGAUUCCGGAGAGCAGGAGCGGAUAUCAUCAUUACCUACUACACCCCCCAGCUCCUCAACUGGAUAAAGGAAAGAUAAAUCUGCUUCCCUAUUGACCCCAUUCAGUAAAUACCCAUAUUUUGGCACCCCCGGUGGGACAUUGAACUGAGGGGAAGGGGGAAUAAUGUGUAGUGACUGUCCCUUUAUUAUCAUUAUUCAUGUGCUUUUCCACCUGCCCUGUCCCAUUGCUGCCCCUGGUUCCAACUCCCACCAGGAGUUGGUAGAAGUGGUGCCAAUGAAUGGGUUUAUUGUGUGUAUAUGUCACACUAUUGCAUAAAGUCUCUGGACCUUUUAUACAGCCGCUGUACAGCAGCCCCAUGAACUCAGGAGAAUCCGUGUUGGUAGCACUUGCCUUUAAGUCACAUGACAGGUUCCCAAAUGCCAAUAAACCAAGUUGUCUUUA